UGCUGGCUGGCCGUCACAGGCAACCCCAGCACCUCCUGAGAGCACUCGACAGCGCUGCGCCUCGCUGGAACCAAUUUUAAGGUAACCGGGACAGUGGGCCCAAUGCUCGAUGAUGGCGGAAAGUCUUGCACUUUGCGCCACUAAAAACAGGCGCUAGCGUCGCAGCGGCCCCUGCCUUAGUGAAGAAUACGCCCCCCUUUGGCGACGGCUCCACCUUGAACCAGAGACGACACGGUCCCCUACAAGGCUCAGCGUACCAGUGCCGGUAUUGUCCACGACCAAGUAAACGGAGGUCUUGGCCGGGGGCGAGGGGCCCUUGCUAUGGGCAGACUGAAAUAACACUUGGUCGCUGCUUCUUUGCAGCAAGGCUUCUUUCCUCCUCCUCCUUCAUGCAACUUUCUUCGUCUACUGUUUUUCUUCUUUCUUCUUUUAUCACAUCUUCAUCGAGGUUGGCCUCCUCAUUCGUCUUGGCCGUUUCUCACACUCUUUAGCACAACUACUUUUUUAACAUUGAAAUCACUUUUGGACAGCUUUAUUAGCCCCGACCACACUCCCUCAAUAUUCAACUUUCCAACGUUUUAUCUAUCCAUUGAACAAGUUUAUUUGAUAUCUCGAAACCGCAACCAUGAAGGCCACCACCAUGCUCGCUCUCGCGGGCACAGCCAUCGCCGCUGACAUGCCCUCCAUCACCAUGAAGGGCUCCAAGUUCUUCUACCCCAACGGCACCCAGUUCUUCAUGAAGGGUGUUGCUUACCAGCGCGAAUACACUGGCGGCAGCCACUCUACCCGUGCUACUGGCUCUUCCAAGCAAUACACUGACCCCCUCUCCGACAAGAAGACCUGCGAGCGUGAUAUUCCUCUCCUUGCCGAGCUUGGUACCAACACUAUCCGUACUUACGCCAUCGACCCUGAUGCCAACCACGACGACUGCAUGAAGCUCCUUCAGCAGCACAACAUCUAUGUCGUUUCUGAUCUUUCGGAGCCCCAGACCUCCAUCAACCGUGACCAGCCUGCCUGGAACUUGCACUUGUACGAGCGCUACACCAAGGUCAUUGACGCCAUGUCCAAGUACCCCAACGUCAUUGGCUUUUUCGCUGGCAAUGAAGUCAGCAACAAUGCCACCAACACGCCUGCUUCUGCCUACGUUAAGGCCGCUGUUCGUGACUCCAAGGCCUACAUCAAGAAGAACAGCAAGCGCUGGAUGGGUGUCGGCUACGCCGCCAACGAUGACAAGGCCAUCCGUGCUGAGAUGGCUGAUUACUUCAACUGCGGCAACUCUGACGAGUCUAUUGACUUCUGGGGUUACAACAUCUACUCUUGGUGCGGUACCAACACCAUGAAGGGCUCUGGAUACUCUGACCAGGUUGACUUCUUCAAGGACUACAAUGUUCCCGUCUUCUUCGCCGAGUACGGCUGCAACGAGCCCAGCGGCGCUGAGGGUCGUAUCUUCCAGGAAACCGAGGCCCUCUACAGCAAGGAGAUGACUGACGUCUUCAGCGGUGGUAUCGUCUACAUGUUCCACCAGGAGGCCAACGACUACGGCCUCGUCAAGAUCGACGGUGACAAGGCUAGCAAGAUGAAGAACUUUGGUGCCCUCAAGAAGCAGGUCCUCAAGGCUGACCCCAAGGGUGUUAGCCAGAACGACUACAAGCCCAGCGGCAAGGCUCGAUCCUGCCCCGCCAUUGGUAAGGCCUGGAAGGCCGCUUCUGGUCUCCCCCCUAGCCCCGACAAGGAUCUUUGCGACUGCAUGAUGAAGUCUCUUGAGUGCACCAUCGACUCCGAUCUGGAUGAGAAGAGCUACGGUGAGCUCUUUGGCAACAUUUGCGCUCACAACAACCCUGCCUGUGCUGGUAUUGCUGCUAAGCCUGAGCUUGGUAACUACGGUGCCUACGGCAUGUGCAAGCCUGACCAACAGCUCGCCUAUGUCCUCGACUCCUACUACAAGAAGAACGGCAAGACCGCCAAGGCCUGCGCCUGGAAGGGCGCUAAGCUCCAGUCGGCCUCUAGCGUCUCUGGAGAAUGCCAAAAGCGCAUUGAUGCUGCUGAAAAGACCAACAAGGAUGUUGCCUCUGCCACAUCUGCCAUCAGCCCCUCGAAGACUGGCAGUGGCGACAAGGACAACGCCGCUAUCCGCGGAGCUCCCGCCACUGGCCUAGCCAUUGGCGCUGCUGCUCUUGCUGGCGCCGUCUUCGCCCUGUAAACAGUCGAUGAAUGCUAUGUGUGGAUUUUAGCAAGUACAAAAGAUGAACCAUAGAAGGUUCACGGUUAAUAGUUUUCGAGCAAUCAAAUAAAUUGUACAAUACCAUGGCUGGUUUGCCACACCAAUGUCUCUUCGCACUCCCAUGUCAAUGUGUAGCGCAAUGUUCCCCAAGAUGAGCAAUCUUCAUUAAAGAAUCCCAUUUAAUAAAAUAGUAAAAUUACUUUUUUUUCUGCUU